GUUUCAACGGGAGAAACCGACCCAACGCCACGGAGCGCCACGUUGGCUGCCGGUGGCGAAAGGCGUCGAUCCCAUAUUGAACGAGUGUUCCAUGGAAGGCUUCGAGCCGUUAACGACUUGCUGCUGCGAGUAGGCUCCAGAUUUGCCGUCGAGGCAAGGCGUGCAAGACGACCGUUCAGCCUUCGCCCAGUUUACAGUGUUGAAAUCGGACUCAAAGCGCUACCAUACAUUAUGCCCUAA